AUGAUCAGCAUCCGACUUCCCUGGAAAGACGCCCCAACGAGCCGCAUUGUCCACCUUGCGCAAGUUGUCCUCCAAUUCACGUUUGCACUGAUCGCUAUUGCCCUUAAUGCCUCCGAUGUGGCGGAUGGUCCCACAAAUAUAGGUGCUUCAGUCUUCGCCAUCGUCAUUGGGUCUUUGUCUAUGAUAACGGCAAUGUUGUUUGCGAUCGACAUUCUCUUCCCCUUUCCUAGCCGGCUGUGGCUCCUUUUCGUCUUGUUCUGGCAAUGGGUUCUCACUUUUGCCUGGACAGGCGUAAUUGCGGCAUUUCGGGGGCGGUAUUUCGACAACCGAUCCGCACAGAUCGAAGCCGCAGCUGGGUUCAAUAUCGCCAACAUGCUGCUAUGGCUAACAGGGUCCAUUUUUGGUACCAUCACGAUGUGUUUCAGGAGGAAACUGGGUGGGAAAAAGCCGGUUGAUGCAGAUCCUUCCCAUGGUUUCUCGGAACGUUCUGCCUGA